AUGACAAAGGCAGAGAAGGCAGCCCUCAUUUUCGGAUUAGGAUCCACUGCUCUUUUGGCUGUAUAUUCAAUUUUGAAGCCAAGAAUAACUCAACGAUCUAAUAGUGAAAGUUUGAUUUAAAGAAGGAACGAAAUAUUAAAUAAGGAUAAUAUUAGAGUGCUUUAUAGUACUAUGACUUUUUUCUAUUUGCAGGGAUAUAGAAAGACUGGAGAGGACUUAGCAUUAUUAAAAGAAGUGCUAGAUGUUGCUAAACCUAAAUUAGUUGCAUUACAAAUAUCUGAAAAACAAUUAGAAGAUGACUACAGACCAAUAUUGAGGAAUCCACACUUGUAGGAAAUAAUGAAGAAAGUGGAUUACCAUCUAAAAACAAAUCCAGAAGAAGUGAAAAAGAUGAAAGAGCUUGACUUUUAUGCAGGAUUAGAGAAUAUAUAUGCAAUUCAUUAUUGUUAAUAGAAUAGCUGUAAAGUAUGAAAUAUAGUAAUUUUAGAUAAUUCCAGCAGAUGAACAUCCAUCAUUUUAUGAUUAACUGUAUACUUAGAAAAUUGGAUUGAAAGAAGUCACAAAAAGUGGAAAAGUUGAAAUACCAGAGAACUUGAAAUAAUUAUAUUAGUCAUAUGAUAUGAGUGAUCUCGAGAAAACAGAGGAUGACAUAAAGGAAGACAUUUAUAUUAAAAAGAGAGCUGACGUUUUUGUUGAUAAAAUCUUACAUGAAUUAACUCCAACUUUUAACAUAAUUCCAGAUGUUCCUUAUAAAGUUUUGGUUGGAGUUGUUGAUCCGAAAUUAUAAAAUGUGAUUGCUAAAGAAUGGAAAUAGAGAUUUCUUAGUAUUUAUGGACAUUAAAUUUUGGAGGAUGAAUAACAUAGUCAAUAACAAUCAUAGAUUUAAUGA